AAAAAGAGUUAUACUUAGGCUGGAUAUACAGACCUAAUGAACAGGCUGAUUCAGAAAUAGAUAGUGAGCUUUCUGGCAUGCGUAACAGGUGGGAAAUUAUGUGCAUAGUGAUCAAGAAAGGAGGAGGUGGAGAAAAAGCUCGUAAGCUUCACGCAUCAAGAGGAAAGCUAUUACCCAGAGAGAGAAUUGACAGGCUUAUUGAUCCUGGGUCUCCAUUCUUGGAGUUCUCACAGUUUGCAGGUUACCAGUUGUAUGGUAAUGAAGAGGUGCCAGCAGGAGGCAUUAUCACAGGCAUUGGACGAGUAUCUGGGGUGGAAUGCUUGAUUGUUGCUAAUGAUGCAACUGUCAAAGGUGGUACCUAUUAUCCUAUCACUGUUAAGAAACAUUUACGUGCUCAAGAAAUUGCAAUGCAAAAUCAUCUCCCUUGCUUAUAUUUGGUUGAUUCAGGAGGAGCAAAUUUGCCUCGGCAAGCAGAAGUAUUUCCAGAUCGAGACCAUUUUGGCCGUAUUUUCUAUAAUCAAGCAGUCAUGUCCUCACAAGGAAUUCCACAGAUAGCAGUAGUAAUGGGAUCCUGUACAGCAGGAGGAGCAUACGUACCUGCGAUGGCUGAUGAAAGUAUUAUUGUUGGCAAACAAGGAACAAUAUUCUUGGGAGGGCCACCAUUGGUUAAAGCAGCAACAGGUGAAGAGGUAUCAGCAGAGGAUCUUGGAGGGGCAGAUCUUCACUGCAGAAAAUCUGGUGUAACAGAUCAUUAUGCUUUGGAUGACAAUCAUGCACUUCAUCUAGCGAGGAAAGCUGUAAGAAGUUUAAAUCUCCAAAAGAAAGUAGACGUGACUAUAGAACCAUCAGAAGAGCCAAAAAAAAUAUAUGGAAUAGUUGGCGACCAGCUAAAAAGAAACUUUGAUGUCAAAGAGGUCAUUGCUAGAAUUGUAGAUGGAAGUAAAUUUGAUGAAUUCAAGGCCUUGUAUGGGGAAACUUUAAUUACAGGAUUUGCAAGAAUAUUUGGUUAUCCAGUAGGAAUUAUUGGAAACAAUGGAGUUCUUUUCUCAGAGUCAGCAAAAAAGGGUACACAUUUUAUCCAGUUGUGUUGCCAGAGAAAUAUUCCCAUUGUGUUUUUGCAGAAUAUUACAGGUUUCAUGGUUGGUAGAGAAUAUGAAGCUGGAGGGAUAGCAAAAGAUGGUGCCAAGAUGGUAACUGCUGUGGCUUGUGCCAAUGUCCCUAAAAUAACGGUGAUUAUCGGUGGUUCUUACGGAGCUGGAAACUAUGGGAUGUGUGGAAGAGCAUACAGUCCAAGAUUUCUUUAUGUGUGGCCAAAUGCUCGCAUAUCAGUGAUGGGAGGGGAACAAGCUGCAACUGUUCUAGCUACCAUAGCUAAGGACCAAAAAGCAAGGGAGGGAAAACAGUUAUCAGAGGCAGAUGAAGCAGCUUUGAAGGAGCCAAUCAUUAGGAGGUUCGAGGAGGAAGGAAACCCUUAUUAUUCCAGUGCAAGAUUAUGGGAUGAUGGAAUUAUUGAUCCAGCUGACACAAGACUGAUUUUGGGCCUCAGUCUCAGUGCAGCAUUAAAUGCACCUACAAAGAAGACAGAAUUUGGGGUUUUCAGGAUGUAAAGUUGAAUGUACACUCAUCAAAAUUACCUCUGUAUGUUUUAAUCGGGGCUGGAGAGCAAACUAACUAGUGUUGAAGCGAUUAAAAAAUAAAGAUUUGUACACUGCUAUUUUUAAUGCAAGUGUCCUAAUUUAUUUUCACUGAGUAAUCGUCAUGUAGUGCUUAAGUGUUUUGAUACUGAUCUGAGAUCAGUCACUUUCAGUGCUUGUAUAACACUGCAUUGCAUGAAUAA